AGAGCCUCGCCCCGGCCGGUGCUCAUUCACGAAGGGACCGUCACUGACAAGUGCCGGUUGGUGAGAACUUGCUUGGCGUCAAUACCGAGGGUCUUGGAGGGGGCUGUGGCUGAAGCAGGCUUCGGGGCGAGUUUGUAAGGGUGAAGGAGCUAUGGACGAUCAGGGCUGCCCCCGGUGUAAGACCACCAAGUACCGGAACCCCUCCUUGAAGCUGAUGGUGAAUGUGUGCGGACACACUUUGCAGGAGAUGCCAACAUAGUCUCAAGCGUCCACCUGAUCCAAGAAGCUCACUCCUCACCAGCAUCUCUCUCCAACCCAUUGUCCAGUCCAAUCCAUGUCUGAAGAGUUGGCUUCAGGAAUGCUUCCUGUCCCGGGUCAACAGAAGGUGUGAAAGUUGUGUGGAUUUAUUAUUUGUGAGAGGAGCUGGAAAUUGUCCUGAGUGUGGCACUCCACUCAGAAAGAGCAACUUCAGGGUACAACUCUUUGAAGAUCCUGCUGUCGAUAAGGAGGUUGAGAUUAGAAAAAAAGUGCUAAAGAUAUACAAUAAAAGAGAAGAGGACUUUUCUAGUCUAAGAGAAUAUAAUGACUUCCUGGAAGAAGUGGAAGAAAUUGUUUUCAACUUGACCAACAAUGUUGAUUUGGACAACACCAAAAAGAAAAUGGAGAUAUACCAAAAGGAAAACAAAGAUGUUAUUCAGAAAAAUAAGUUAAAGCUGACUCGGGAACAGGAAGAAUUGGAAGAAGCUUUAGAGGUAGAACGACAGGAAAACGAACAAAGAAGACUGUUUAUACAAAAAGAAGAGCAACUGCAGCAGAUUCUAAAAAGGAAGAAUAAGCAGACAUUUUUAGAUGAACUGGAGAGUUCUGAUCUCCCCGUUGCUCUGCUUUUGGCUCAGCAUAAAGAUCGAUCUACUCAACUGGAAAUGCAACUUGAGAAACCCAAACCUAUAAAACCAGUGACGUUUUCCACAGGCAUCAAAAUGAAAGUGUUACUCUGAGCAAUAAGCAGGCAACUGAAAGAAAGAAGGUGAGUGGGACCAAAAAAGGGACAAAAACAGAUGGCACAGAAAUAAAAAUAAUAAAAAUUUCAUAAGCCUUGUUUGUUUUGGAUAUAUUUCUUGUUAAGCACAUGGAAAUACUUUGCACGUUUGAAAAUUGCUGACUUCCUACAUGUUAUUUUGGAGAAACAGCAAAUCAUUCAUAUAAUAUAAACACAGUUACAGAUUAUUUUGCUGGAACCGUUCAUUUUUGGGAUUUAUUUUUUCAAUAAGAUAAAUAACAGUGCCGUCUCUCAAAUCAUUUUGACAGUAUAUUUUGAGGAUCAUAAACAUAAAUUUAAAUUGAAUGAUAAAAUUAAGGCAAAUAAAUGACAGAUAUUCAAAACUUCUUGAGUAGUCAUAGUCUUGUUGAGCUAUAUUCUGUUCUAAAAGUUUACUAAUAAGCACAGCGGAAAAAUGGAAGUCAGAGUGAAGAUAUAAGCCUUCUGAGUUUUAAUUCAAUUCUUUUGAGUGAGAAUUGGCUCCAUGGCACUGGGCUUUGUUUUUGAUUAUUUUUCCAUUGUAGCAGUGUUAAUUUGCAAAGUAGGAGAGAGACAGGUACAGACAGAAAUGAAAGAAGGAAAAAAGAAUUUGAUUGGGGAAGUAAUGUUAGACCUUGAGCUAAUCAUAUUACCAGUAGCAGGAGCGUUGCCCUUGUGUAUACUUAGUUUCUGAAUGAGGAUUAUUGAUAUUGAUAUGGCUCUGUAAAAUGGUCUUUUUAUUUCCGUAUUAUUGAUUUUAUUUCUGGAAAUUAGAUCCUUAAAUGUUAUUACCUAUUUCUGGCGCAAGGCCUCUUAUGCUUGAAAUGGCAAAUAAUGUUGCAUCCUUUUUCAUCGCCGUCACCAGUUCUAGCACAGUUCUGCUGUGUUACCU